UAAUCGCUCUUAUUUUAAACCCUCCUCACACAAAACGUGCACCACACCUUCUUCACUUCACCCUUUGGCUUCUCUCAUCCCCACUUACAAACACAGCGCACUUUUGCAGUUUUUUAAAGCAGAGAAAAGCAGAGGCAUAUCACUCACAUACAGCCAAGUGCGGAUCUGCAGUUGUACGGAUAUACCUACAUAUAUACCGGCCUUUUCCACAUAGCCAGCCAAUAAAAUGGUCAGGAGGAGUUUUUCUUUCUUUUCCUUAGGUCUUAUGUGACUGACUGACUUCCUUCCCAUGGCGCUCAUAUUGUCAACGGCGUUGCUCUUAUACGGCGGCAUACUCUUAUUGUUGUUUCUGCAUCUCUGUAUCGCGGCAAGCAUCAUUCGGCGGAGUCUGAGAGCGAGUAAACCCCAUGGGAGGGGUCUGACUCAGCAAGAGCUCCACAAGCUUCCGUGCUUUGAGUACCAGAACGAGGGGUCUGCGUCGGCAGCUGAGUCAUGCGCAGUCUGCUUGGAGGUGUUUGAGGAAGGGGAGAAAUGCAAGGCGGUGCCCGUCUGUAAGCAUGUGUUUCAUGGGAGCUGCGUGGACACGUGGCUGUCCAGGACUCCGAUAUGCCCGGUUUGCAGAAAUGUUGUUGGGAGAAAGGGAUGCGUGGAUGUGGAGCAGUCAGCCUGUGGAGGAGGUGGAGGAGGAGGAGGGGGUCUUUUCAGGUUGCCGGUUACUCGUGACGUGGUGUCCUCGUCAGCUGAUGAGGUGUCGAUGACCCUUCCAACUGUCACUCUCGGGUCGUCCUAGAGUUUGUCAUAGGAUCAAUUUUGGGGCAGCUUUUGUACGUAUUUAGUUGUGUGGUCUGGUCUUGCCUAGGAUGAAUGUACUAUGUAAUAGGGUUGCCGGGAGGAAAAUUCUUUAUAGGUCAUAGCUGUAUCAAAUCCCGAGUCCAGUUAGUUGUGAAAACUAAAUGAGUUAUUAUUAAAAAAAUAGGUUUUGGAAAAA